AAUAUCUGUGUUGAGUUCACAAAUUUUUUUCGCUAAAACGACUGCCAUUUUAAUAUUAAUUUGCAUUAACAAAAUACUUGUUGGUUAAUCUCGAAAAAUAGCGGACACGGAAGAAUCUCUUUUGACAAUUAGCCGUUAGCGCAGUGCUGCCAAGUAAUUUAGUGAAAUAUGGUUGACAACGCGGUUGUGUGUGCCACGUUGCCAUGCAGAUAUAGUUGACACUUUAGUAUCGAUUUAACAGUUGCAUUCCUACAGUGGUAUUCAGCAGUCGUUAAAUUUUAUUUUGUUUUUAAUUUUUUACUGUUGCGAAACUACACAAAUUGCCAAAAUGGAGUUUACUUUUAAGAAAGAACGCCGCACGUUUGGAGCUCAUGCACAAUUUAGCGACAACGAUGUAGUUAUCUUCUCGGAGAACUCUUCACAGGAGCUUGCCAAGAACUAUAUACUUAAGAAUCCAGUGGAUCGCUAUACACAAUUCACCCGACAAAUGGCGCUGAGUGAGGCAAACACCGAGCGUGCUACAUACAAACAUGUAGGCAUCACGCACAAUGAAGGUGGUUGGCCCAAGGAUAUUACUCUGUCCGAUCCAGAGCAAACGGUCCGUUAUAAACGUAAAAUUGAAAAGGAUGAAAAUUAUAUAACGCAAGUAAUGAAUCUCACCAAACCAAUGGAACAUUAUAUACACCAAAAUAAUGCGGUGAAUAUUUACGAAAAUUAUUUCGAGGAUUUAGAUCCUGCACCUCUACCGGAACCAUGCCGCUCACGUACUGUCAAUGUUUAUCGUGAUCCCAAUCCUCUUAAGGUGCCUGUCACACACCUCUCAUGGUCGCCGGAUGGUGGCAUCAAAAUGGCUGUUAGUCAUUGCGAUAUGAAAUUUCAAGGUGAUAAAUCAGGUCAGCGUUGUAACUCAUAUAUUUGGGAAAUCGAAAAUCCCAAUGAGCCUUUUCUCACGCUGGAACCAAAAGUACCGUGUGUAUGCCUUGAAUAUAAUCAAAAAGAUCCUACAAGUUUGGUUAGUGGUAUGUACAAUGGCCAGGUAGCUGCUUGGGAUACAAGACACGGAAAAUACCCGGUAAUGAUAAGUGAACGUGAAAUAUGUCAUCGUGACCCCGUUAACUCGGUGUUAUGGAACAACUCGAAAAGUGGCACAGAAUUCUUCUCUGGCGGUUCGGAUGGGCAAGUCUUAUGGUGGGAUACACGAAAAUUAAGUGAACCGCUAGAUAAGCUGUUAAUGGAUCCAGUGCGUACGGACGAACAAGAUUUGGGACGUUCAUUUGGGGUUUCUGUAUUGGAGUAUGAAACAACGAUACCAACGCGUUUUAUGGCUGGCACCGAAAUGGGUAUGCUGUUCUCGUGCAAUCGCAAAGGCAAAACGCCAAUGGAGAAGAUACAGAUAAGGAUGAUGUGUCACCUGGGUCCAGUGUAUGCUAUAACACGCAAUCCUGCCUUUGUAAAGAAUUUCCUAACCGUAGGUGAUUGGUGUGCGCGCAUUUGGUCUGAGGACUGCCGCGAAAGCUCCAUAAUUUGGACUAAAAAUAGUGAUGCUAUGCUGACGGAUGGCGCUUGGAGUUAUACGAAGGUAUCCCAGUUUUUUAUAACACGCAUGGAUGGCGUAUUGGAUACAUGGGAUCUUUUGCAGCAACAAAAUCAACCAGUGCUAACGGUUAAAGUAUGCGAUGAGCCACUCCAUUGUGUGCGUACAAAUGAAAAUGGAAAAUUCGUCAGUUGCGGCAGUAAGUUGGGUGCCACUUUUCUCAUAGAGGUAUCGGAUAAUAUGGUAAUGUCGGCAAAGAAUGAUAAGCCAUUGUUGACGGCGAUGUUCGAGCGUGAAAAUCGCCGAGAAAAAAUUUUAGAAGCCAAAUCGCGUGAAAUUAAAUUGAAAGUUAAGACUAAUCAAGGCCAAGAUCAAGGUGAUCUCACAAUGCUCAAUGGUCGCGUAAAUGUUGCACCAUUUAAGGAUGCUUGUGAACAAGCGGUGUCCGAAUAUUUUGCAGCCGUGGAACAAGAACGUUUGAGUCGCAUUCCGGGUAACAAGCAGGAUGCGGAGGAAGCUGAGGCAUCUGAAAUAGACAGUGCACGGCCUUGAAAAAUUAUUGCGUUUAUGGACUUAAAGAAAUGCG